AUGAGCGGAUCUGCCGUCGCUUCACGUGGUGGAAGAGUGCGGACGGCCUGCGAUCUAUGUCGGCAUCGGAGGAUUGGCUGUGACAGAGCGAAGCCAGCCUGCGAAACAUGUACUCUUGCAGGGGUGCCUUGCACGUUCACUCCAACAGCACAGCAACGGAAAAGUGUCCGCGAAGAGCUGGCCGAUGCGAAAGCUAGAGUACGACAUUUGGAAGAAGCAUUGAGGGCGGAGCGAGAGAACCGUCUGAAUUCGGACCAAUAUACGCCUCCCAAGACUCUUUCAAGCGGAAGCAGUCCUCUUGAGGUCCCUCACCAAUUACUCAGUUCGUGGUCAGCCACCACUUAUUUGCUUGAAUCACACAGCUUCGAUGCAGCGCUAUCAAACUUCCGGUGGCAUCUCGGGUUCUGCGGUCCUCGCGCCGCUCCUUUUGCUCUAACGCCAUCCUUCUCCUCCACCGUUUAUGAACGGACGGGUUUCGUUCUCAAUAUUGAAGAUUUCUUAAAUCAACUAGGGCAGUCAUUCAAACUACAGCAUCCAACUCAUUCAACGAGGACCAUUGUUCCGAAGUGGCCCCCGCUGUCUCUCAUCCAGCGUUCAAUAGAGUACUUUUCGAAAAACAGACUCUAUUCCAUUUUCCCUGCUGUCGAUUUGGAAAAUACACCCAUUCAUCUUGAUCAAAAAGCCCUUGGCAAUCCCGACAGCACAACCAGUCCUGCCAGCUACGCCUGUCUGGUUGCUUUAACGGCUCUGAUCACACGAAUCCGCGGCGACGACCUGGCUUUUGCUGAUGCCGACCCUGAUGCGUAUGUGCAAGCAGUGCUGACUUUGUUACCCGAAUUGAUAAUAGACAACGCCAACCUACGAAGCCUUGAAGCUCUCACCUUGUUAGUCCUAUACAUUGCUCCCCUUGGUCAACCGCGGCCGGCAGGUAUUCUACUUGCCAUGGCCAUACGAAUGCUGUAUAAUAUGGGAGCAAACCGAAACAGGGCACCCCCUGAUGAGACUUUAGAACAGAGCCAACACCGCCAACACGUGCGAGCUCUGUUUUGGAUUUGCUACUCCAUUGACAAAGAAAUGUCGCUUCGAGAAUGCAAGGCUCCUCUGAUAAAUGAUGCCGACUGUGAUCUGUAUCUGCCUGCCGCUUAUGUAUCGACUUCCUCUAAUCGGUCGUUCUUUCCAGAGCCUUUAUCAGCAAAAGAGCUUCUCCUCCCGUCAGACCUUCGUCUUGCCCUAAUAAAAUCCAAAAUACAGCAUUUGCUGUACUCUGACCAUGGUAUAGCCCAGCAUGAAGCAAGGCGGAUUCAAUACAUCCGUGAACUGGAUCAAGAGCUGAGCGACAUCAAAUCGAACUUUCCGGUUACGUGUCAACCGGAAGACGUUUUGGACCGAAGCGUGCCUGACUCUUUACUUCAUGAUCUCAGUCUACGGGGUGUGAACAUACAUCUGGAGUACUACUACUGUCUAGCAAAGAUUCAUGGAGCGAGCAGUAAUGGAGGUAUACCAUCUCCUCAGAGCUGGUCCCUACUACCGUCUAGUAUGGAGAUUUGCCACCAGUCAGCACGGUCGACUUUACUCUAUCUCAGUCGAAUGCGCCAUUCGAUAAUGCCUGAAACCUUCUGGUUGAUCCACAACUAUGUCUCCCGCCUCUCCCCCCACCUCUACAAAUAUCCAAAAUACACCCACCAAAGCCCCGAACAACUCCAACAACUAGCCCAAUCGCAAUCCCAGAGCGAUACCCCGGCCCUCCCGCUCAUUCAAUCCAACGCGCCGACACCCAUGGACAUCGCGCUCCGGGAUCUGAUUACCGAGCUACAGCCCUACGGGUUAACGAAGGGUGAGGUACUAAUGAUUGUUAAUCUGGGUGUGGGGAUGCAGGAUGCGCCCGCGGCAGCGGAUGAGGAUGGGCAGGAGGAGGAAGGGGGAGAAGAAGCUGGGGAGGCGGAGGGGGAGGCUGUUAAUGGGAAUGGGGAGGGGAUGGAUGUUGAU